AUGAACAAAUUUCUACGUCACAGUCCUGCGAAGUUCAAUGGCAAGGCAACUCUAGAUGAAGCAGAUGACUGGAUUUGCAACCUUGAGAAGAUAUUUGAAGCGAUCGAGUGCAUUGAGGGGCAGAAGUUAGUGUUUGCUACAUAUAUGUUGGCAGGGGAAGCUGAGUACUGGUGGCAUGGGAUGCGGAGGGGCAUGUAUACCCGAGGGGAAGUUGCUACUUGGGAAGAUUUCAGAGCUAGAUUCUUGGAGCGUUACUUUCCGGCUAGCGCUAAGCAGCAACGAGAGUCGCAGUUUCUGGCUCUUCAGCAAGGAAGUAUGUAUGUGCAAGACUACAAGGAGAGAUUCGAGAGGUUUGAGCAAGGAUUGCGCCACCAUCUUUUGAAGGCACUUGUUCACCUGAAGAUUAAUGAAUUUCCAGAGUUAGUGGAGCAGGCCACGAUAGCUGAGAGGUUGGAUGAGUCUAGGCGUGUGAUAAGGAACCAGAAGGGAAGCUUUUCCAGGGGCAAGCAGCAGAAGAAACCGUAUGAGAGGCCGCAACAGUUUAGGUCAGGUUUGUUGAAGUGCUUUGAGUGCGGCGGAGAUCACAUCCGAAGAAAUUUUCCAAAGCUAAGUGACGUCAAGAAGGAGGUGAGGACGUGUUUCACAUGUAAUAAGCCUGGGCAUAUCUCUCUUAAUUUCCCUCAGAAGAGGUCAUUUGGUGGAACGCCUCAGAAGUCAGCUAAUGGUGGAAAGUCGCAGGUUGCGGGUAGAGUGUUUGCCAUGACGAGAGCAGAAGCCGAGAAGUCAGGUCACAAGUCCAAAGUCAACUUGGUGUGCUUGCCGCUUGAAGGUCAGGACGUGAUCUUGGGGAUGGAUUGGUUAGCUGAUAACCAUGUGAUGAUUGACUGUGGACGUCAGAGGGUAGUCUUCCAGGAACUAGAAGGCAUUAAAAUGUCAACAUCAAAGGAAGUCGUACAAGAUCUCAAGAGUGGAGCUGUACCGGGUUUGCCGCCGAGUCGUGAAGUGGACUUUGCAAUAGAUCUGAUGCCCGGUGCAGGGCCAGUAUCUGUAGCUCCAUAUCGUAUGGCUCCAGCGGAGUUAGAAAAGUUGAAGAAGCAGAUUGAAGAUUUGUUAGAAAAGAAGUUCAUCAGACCAAGUGUGCCUCCAUGGGGUGCGCCGGUGUUGCUAGGGAAAAAGAAAGACGGAAGCUCAAGGUUAUGUGUGGAUUACCGGCAGCUUAAUAAAAUUGAUCUACGGUCAGGAUAUCAUCAAAUUCUUGUCAAGCUUGAUGAUGUGCAGAAGACAGUGUUUCGCUCACGCUAUGGGCACUACGAGUAUGUUGUAAUAUCUUUCGGUGUGACCAAUGCUUCAGCUAUAUUCAUGGAUUACAUGAAUCGUAUCUUUCGUUCUUGUUUGGAUAAGUUUGUCGUUGUAUUCAUUGACGAUAUUCUUAUCUACUCGAAGAACCGAGAGGAACAUGCUGAACAUCUGCGGAUAGCGUUGGAGAUUUUGAGGGAGCACCAAUUGUAUGGCAAGCUGUCGAAAUGUGAGUUUUGGUUGGAUGAAGUUCAAUUCGUUGGUCAUGUGAUAUCUGCUCAAGGAAUAUCAGUCGAUCCAGCCAAGGUGGAAGCUGUGUUGAAGUGA